UCUGAAUAUCUAAGCUCUUGUAAGACAGAAGCUGAAGUGUGUGUGCGCGCGCGAGGGCGCGUGAGAGAGAGAGAGAGAGAGAGAAGGCGGAGGAAUGGUCAGCUUCUGAAGAGAAACCCUGUCACACCUGAGAGACAGCUGAAGGUGAACUGCGGUGAUGGAUCUAAACGUGUUGAACAUGUUCGUCAUCGCUGGAGGCACUCUUGCAAUCCCCAUUUUAGCUUUCAUGGCCUCUUUUCUGCUUUGGCCUGCAGCACUUAUCAAGAUUUAUUACUGGUAUUGGAGGAGGAGACUGGGGCUACAGGUGGAUUAUGCAGAGCAUGAUGGAUAUCGCUUCUGUUAUACACACCGUGGGAAGCCCGGGAGUCGGCCAUCUAUACUCAUGCUUCAUGGCUUUUCUGCUCAUAAAGACAUGUGGCUGGGUGUGGUGAAGUUCUUUCCAACCAAUGUGCAUCUGGUGUGUGUUGACAUGCCUGGCCAUGAGGGCACUACACGCACUAGUGCGGUGGACUACUCCAUUGAGGGCCAGGUCAAAAGGAUACAUCAGUUUGUAGAAAGUAUUCAACUGAAUAAGAAGCCUUUUCACCUGGUGGGUACAUCCAUGGGUGGUUGUGUAGCUGGGGUUUAUGCUGCUCGCUAUCCCUCAGAUCUCUCCAGUCUCACACUGAUCUGUCCUGCUGGUCUGAAAUACCACAAGGAGAGUGAAUUCGUGAGGCGUCUGAGAGACUUGGAGAACAGCAAGGAUGUCCAAAGCAUCCCUCUCAUCCCGUCGACUCCAGAGGAGAUGGAAGACAUGCUGAAACUGUGCUCUUUUGUGCGCUUUAAGAUUCCUCGUCAGAUCCUUCAGGGAUUGGUCAAAGUCCGUAUUCCGCACAACAACUUCUACCGUGAGGUGUUCAUGGAGUUAGUAAGAGAAAAAUCGAGACACUGCCUGCAUGAGAACAUGCAUCUCAUUUCAACACCGCUUCAAGUCAUUUGGGGGAAGCAGGAUCAGGUGCUGGAUGUAUCCGGUGCAUCUGUGUUGGCUGAUACUUUGCCCGGAUGCCAGGUCGAUCUGUUAGACAACUGUGGCCAUUCUGUGGUGAUGGAGCGUCCGCGGAAAGCUGCUCAUCUCAUCAUGGACUUCAUCACGCGUCAGCAGAAUUCAGGCAGCGGUAGCAGCAAAAAGUUCUCUUGAAGCUAUACAGUUCACAACAAGAUUAUAUAAUUUGUAAGAAAUUUGUAAAUAAUCUUAAAUGUAUUUUUCUAGUGAACCCUCAGGGACAGAUCACCAGGGUUAAAUUCUCUCCUGUAGUAUUUAAGAUUUAGCAGAAUUAGAAUCAGAAACACUGUCGAUUUUACUGUGAACUGGAAAAAUAACAGGCAAUAAUGUUUUAAUGACAGUUUCAGGUUUUACCAAUUCAGAAAAUGCCCACAAAAAAAAUCUAUUAUCACUUUUCAGAAGAAAGGUCCUUCAUUCUUUUAGGUAAUAGUGAAACACUGCAUGUGUCCCCUGUGCUGCAAAGCAGUUUUUAAAGCCUUCAUUGUAUGAAACAGCAUAAUGUUUUAAUCUGUUUGGUAUUACUUCUGUGUUAAAAUCCACAUUUUUUAAGCUAACACAAGUGCUGAAAUGUAAUGGUAUAUUAUUAAUUUCCAUGUGAGAUGCACUGCACUCCUACACAACAUUGUUCUGAAUAUUUAGUAAAAGCACUGAAGCCAUAACCCUAAACCUAGACACAUUUAUAAUACAAAAAACUCUUUUUUUUUUUUUUUUAACCAGUCAUUUAUAUUGAUUAGCCAGUUUACUAAGUACCUAGAUUCAGUAACUAUUUAAACACCUACCAUUUAAUAUGUACCAUACAUGUAAUGUAAAUUAUAAAUUUAAUGUGCAGCUACUAGGUAUGUGUACCUAGUAAACACCCUGAAUAUCUUCCUAGAGCAGCACUGUUCUUAUACCACAGCAAUUUGGCAAUUAUUACAUUACAUUUUUAUUUAUUAAAGAAUGACACAUAUAAUACAUGCUGGAUGCAAGCUGGGCCAGAUAACCUGAGGUCAAGAUCAAACUGGGCAGUUUCGCUUCUUAAAUCCACAGCACCUACAGCACGAGUCAAAGCAGUAACAUCAUAUCAACACAGAGAGGGAUUUAUAGUUGCACCCACAACAGGCUUAUAGUGAGCCUGUAUAUGGUUCUACACACAGAAUGCUUCGUUAUGGAGGAUAAGCAUCCCUAAAACAGAGCUCUGUCUUAGUGACCAGGUAAGCGCGUGUCUCAGUCUGAUGAUUACUGUUCAAGGCUGGGUUCAGAUGGGCCUUCAACAACUUAAAAAUAAUAAUAAUAAUUGUUUUUUUUUUUUUUAUGAGCACACAUCUUUGUCGGUAAUGGACGUGAAGUGGAGGAUAAUUCCCUCCGUGGGGUUGAGGUCUGACCUGGUAUUAUGACGAAUGCAGGAUUGAACAAUCACGUGAAUGCCUUUUAUUUUGGACUGUGAACUUUAACUUUCCACUAAUCACUACCACUAAUCAGUGUAAAGGUGAAUAAAGAUUUAAGAUUUAUAUUAGACCUUAACCUUUAGCUAUUUUGUCUGAAUAAAUGUUUUAAUUGAA